AUGUCAUUGACUCAAACUGAUCUCGAAGGGGUGUUGCCAUUAGUCAACAAGGGCAAAGUCCGCGACAUCUACCAGCUCGACCCCAGUACCCUCUUGUUUGUUGCAACAGACCGAAUCUCAGCGUACGACGUCAUAAUGUCCAACGGUAUCCCCGACAAGGGCCGCAUCUUGACCCAAUUAUCCCAAUUCUGGUUUCAAUUCCUCGAAUGUCCAAACCACUUGGUUGAUGUGGAUUUGUUUGCUAGGUAUCCGCAGUUGGAACCGUAUAGGAGCCAAUUGGAAGGGAGAGCGUUGGUGGUGAAGAAGAUGCGGUUGAUACCUUUGGAAGUCAUUGUGCGUGGCUACAUUACGGGUUCGGCAUGGAAGGAGUAUGUCAAGUUUGGCACUGUGCAUGGGGUCAAGAUGGAGCCGGGGUUGUUGGAGAGCGAGGAGCUCCCGCAGCCGAUAUUUACCCCUAGCACCAAGGCGGAACAGGGCGAGCAUGAUGAAAACAUCUCGCGUGCGCAAGCUGCCGAAUUGAUUGGCGAGGAGUUGUGCGCGAAGGUUGAGGCUAUCGCUGUUGAGUUGUAUAAGCAAGCGAAGGAGUAUGCAAAGUCCCGCGGCAUCAUUAUUGCGGAUACCAAGUUUGAGUUUGGGUUGGACGAAAACGGGGAGGUGGUGUUGGUUGAUGAGGUGUUGACACCUGACUCGUCGCGGUUCUGGAGCUUGGAGAAGUACGCGGUGGGCCAGUCUCAGGAUAGCUACGAUAAGCAGUUUUUGCGGGAUUGGUUGACGGAAAAUGGCUUGGCUGGGAAGGAUGGCGUUGCUAUGACGCUGGAGAUUGCUGAGCGUAGUAAGGAGAAGUAUGUGGAGGCGUAUGAGUUGUUGACGGGCAAGAAAUGGCAGUAG